GAAAAAGAAAGAAAACAGACAUUUCUUUAGACUUCUUAGAUCUAUCAUUGACGUUUUACCUGAGGAGAUUUUAUUGGAUCUCCACAUGGAGCUACAUAAUAUAUGUUAAGAGUUUUUAAAGUAAUUCAAUACUUCUCAUCCAAGAGAGCCAACCCCUCCCCAAGACACAGGUACAGCUGGUUCCCAGUAGAGCCAGCAGAAAAGGUAUGUGUCUAUUGCAUCUCUAGAGUGAAAUUGGCUUUGUGGAAAUUUUGUGCAUACCGCUAGAUUUGGACUGUAUACAUAGUGCAGUUUAAUGCGAGACAAAUUAGAAAAAUGUGUUUGAUAGUAAUGCUUACCUGUUUACUGAAAUAGCCUUGAUUUGUUGAAUUAGUGCUUACACUUUGAAGUGUUUACUACUGGGGGGAUGAGCUGUGUUCACGAGCUGUGCGGAUGCUUUUUUUCCACGCUCUUCAAUACAAGGUGCUUUUUACCUAGUUAUACGGAAGUUCCUCUUCUUUGGGGUGUAUUGUGCAGACAGUAUUGAUCCCUCAAUCACAAGCUACAUAGAAAAGUAAAUUAUAUGCAGAUAUUCGGUCCAAACAAUUGAAUUUUAAAAAAUCUACGAAAGAAACCCGGUGACCACAGUGUUCAACGGAGCGUGAACAGCACGGCGGUAGCCUUGUGUACACUUCCACCGGACGCUAUGGCCCGCCCCAACGAGAGUGUUGUCUUAACUGAUCUCCAGAUACUGCUCAACAAACAAGAGGAAAACAUUAAACACCACAUAGACGAAGUUAGAGAUGAACUGAGAUCCUUCAAAUUGACCAUUGAUAAUCUGUUUACUUAGCUACAGCAAGUUAAACAAAGGCAAGAGUCAUUAGAGCAAAACACUGAGAAACUAAAAGAUCAUGUAGACCAGUCUCUCCAGGCCUUUGAGAACAAGCUCGACAAGCUCGAAGGUUUUUCACGCAGAGACAACCUGAGGUUCUUCGGGAUACCAGAAACUGGAGAUGAUUCAUACGAAACCUGUGCUGCUACGAUAAUACAACUCCUACAAGAAACAAUUCCGGGGAAAGUGUGGCAAACUACUGACAUCGUGCGAGCGCACAGAGUCGGUAAGAAAAUUGUGCCAGCAGGACAUACCCAAAACAGAGAAAACAAACCACGUCCCAUAAUCGCUAAGUUCACUCGAUGGUCUGACAAGUUGGAUAUACUUACCAAAGCUCGUGAGAAACUGAGAGUAAAAGGUGUAUCUGUGGCUAGUGAUCUUACAGAAAGACAACAGUCGAUCAUAAAGUGUUACAGAGAUAGCAGGGUUCGUGCGUUCUACAGAGGAGACCGGCUCAUUGUCGGAGGAACGUUACACCAAAACAUGAACAGACAACAGGAUGAGAGGGAGAAACCCCGAACCAACGCGGACAGCUCCCCCUCUCAGCACCAGACAACCCUACAGCAACAGACUGAUGAAUACACACUAGUAACAGCGCAGCGGAACAACGGAGUCCGACAGCACCGGAGCAGUCAGUCAUAUUUACCUCUACCUCUGCGGAACCGCUAUUUACCUCUGCAAGCAGAAGAUGAGGAAGAAGAUAUCAACAGAUUACAGGCAGAUAAACAUGGAAAACAAACUGACACGAACGCUGCCACCUACAGAGGGGCAACAGCGAAAAACCGACAUACCAAGAGAAUUCAGUGCACACCGACCACAAUAAUACAAGCUUUGGGCAACAUUAGCAACAACCCACAGAUGACUCCGACUGCUAUCUUGCCUACCAUAUGCUCUUCUGAAUCCAACAUUACCAAUAUAUCGACCGGCGACAAUACAAAGGAGAAGGACACACCUCCAUACACCAGUGUAAUAGAGGUCCACAACAGCCAGACAGCCGAUGUCAGCGAGAGUCCACCUGACAGCAAUGUGCAAGUAUCGUCACCACACCCCACAUCGGUGUCCCCGGAUAGCCGCGACCCAGAAACCAUAUAAAGGAAGUAAGAUUUGAAUCAGCCAACAUAGUUACAUUGAAAAUUGAUAAAGAAUUAAUGAACUCUGACAAAGAUGUUAUCUUGAUAUCAUGCUAUGUAGUGCCAGAAGGCAGCCCUUUUUACAAUUUGUUAGAUACAAAAGAUGGCAUUCAUCUACUAGAGGAAAGUGUAUUGCAGUAUAUAGAUAAAGAUGAAUUCUACUUAAUUUUAUGUGGAGACCUCAAUGCAAGGACAGGGUCCGAACAAGUUAUUACAGACGAUAUUGUAAAUUAUUUCCCUUUUGACAUGGAUGAGGCAAACAAAAUAUGCAAAAGGAACUCUAAAGACCUCACCAUUAACAGCUUUGGCAGAUCACUGCUAAACUUAUGUUUCACUUAUGACUUAGUUAUAGUGAAUGGAACUUGUAAGGAUGAUAUAGAAGGAGAAUUUACAUUUGUAUCUUCACAAGGUAAUAGUGUUAUAGACUAUUUUAUUGUCUCAGAGAGCCUUAUAGACCAUUGUAAUCUUCAAGUCACUCCUGGCAUCUUCCAGUUGAACUAGCAUGGGAUGGCUCAUUUAUUAAGGCAGAGGAGGUCCCUUUGUGUAAAAACUACGACAAACGAAUUGUAUGGUGCGAGGAUAAGGCCAUUGAGUACAAAGAUAAAUUAGAUUCUGAUGAAUUCAAAGAGUGUCUCACUCAGGCUAAUCAGUUACUUGCUUCAGAUAUAGAUUAUGCAUUGGACACUUUAGUAAAGGGUCUACACAGAGCUGCUACUAGCAUGUUGAGAGAAGUAGGAGGGAAAAGACCUAGAUAUAAUAAAUGGUUUGACAUUGAAUGUCAACAAAGGAGGAAAAGAGUCAGGCAAUCUCUUAAACGCUUCCGAAGAGCAAAAACUAUGGAACUUAAAACUGUGUAUAAAGAUGCCUAUGUUAGAGAAAGGAAAGAAUAUAUUGUUGUAAUCAGGUGAAAAAAGAGAAAAUGGAAUGAAGCCCAGUUAGAUAAAAUAAAAACCUCUAUAAAUGACCCCAAACUAUUCUGGACAACAAUCAAGGGAAUAAACAGAAAGACAAAUAUUUAUAACGAGAUAGACCAAAAGCAGUGGUAUACCCACUUUUACAAAGUCUUUAAUACUCCUGACUUCUCUACCGAUGAAGAUACAGAUGAAGUGUUAGAUAGAUCGACUGAAGAAGAAUGUUUACUCAAUGACCCAAUAACCAUUGAAGAAGUCAAAAACGGCAUUAAACAUUUAAAAAACGGAAAAAGUGCAGGUACAGACAAAAUUAUUAGUGAAAUGUUAAAAAACUCAAACGAAGCUACUCUUGACUUCUUGCUAAAACUGUUCAAUAUUUUAUUUGAGAAAGGCACCUUCCCAUGCGAAUGGUUCAAAUCUAUCAUAGUACCAAUACAUAAAAAAGGAAAUAUAAACGAACCAGAAAAUUAUAGAGGAGUGGCACUAACUAGUGUUAUUAGUAAAAUUUACACAGAUAUAUUGAAUAGGAGAUUAUCAAGAUGGGCAGAAGCAGAAGAAAAGCUCAUAGAGGAGCAGGCAGGCUUUAGAAAAGGCUAUAGUACAAUUGACCAUAUCUUCACUUUGUUUGCUAUAGUGCAGAAGCACUUGCUAAGAAAUAAGAAGAUGUAUGUUGCAUUUGUGGACUUUAAGCGAGCUUUCGAUUCAGUUAAUAGAAAUUUGCUCUGGAGUAUUCUGAGAAAGAAUGGUGUGAAUGGUAGAAUGUAUAUGGCUUUGCGGGCAAUAUAUAGAUAAGUUUUUGCAUGGGUUAGAGAUAAGUCUGUAACUACAGACAUGUUUGAAUGCCCUCAAGGAGUCAAGCAAGGCUGUUUACUCAGUCCUUUAAUGUUCUCCUUCUUCAUUAAUGAACUAGCAAUUGAAAUAAGCAAGGGAGGUAAACAUGGGAUCCAGUUAAUACCUGAGGCUGUAGAAAUUUUUUUACUAUUGUUUGCAGAUGAUGUGGCUCUUGUUUCGAAUACAGCUAUUGGUUUACAGAAUCAACUAAAUUUACUGAAACAAGAAGCAGAUAGAUUGAAGUUGACCGUUAAUUUGGAUAAAACUAAUGUUAUAGUUUUUAGGAAGGGUGGUUACCUCUCCUCCAAAGAGAAAUGGAUGUAUGGUAAUUUAGAAGUUAAAGUAACAAAUAACUAUAAAUAUCUGGGAGUAUAUUUUUCUACUAGGAUGAGCUUUACUGCAGCAUGGAAUGAAUUAUGUAUGAAAGGAAAAAAAGGGGUGAUAGAAAUUCUUAGGGUACUUAGAAAGCUGAGCUCAAAUAAUCCAUCCAUCUUUUGGAAACUCUUUGACUCCCAGGUAAAACCAGUGUUGACAUAUGCUGCAGAAAUUUGGGGCUUAUAUAUAAAUAACCCUAUAGAAAAAAUACAUACAUUUGCAAUUAAACGUUUUCUAAAUGUUCCCCUGCACUCUUCAAAUUUGGUUGUAUAUGGUGAAACGGGUAGAUACCCCCUGUACAUAGAUACUUACAUGAAAUGCAUAAAAUUUUGGCUACGCAUCCUUAAGUUACCCAUAACAAGACUUUGUAAACAAGCUUAUGAAAUGCUUCACCAGCAGCAUGAGUCUGGAAAGCUUAACUGGAUAUCUAAUAUAAAGAAAGUACUUUCAGAAAAUGGGUUUGAGAUAGUGUGGGUCAUCCAGGGGGUGGGGGAUGAAGAUAUGUUCCUUUCAGAAUUCAAAGACCGCAUAAUAUGUUCCUUUAAGCAAAACAGACACGGAAACAUGGAGAAAGGCACAAAAUAUGAAUGGUUCCUAUCAUUUAAAAAUAAUUUACAGCCAGAAAAAUAUUUAUCGAUUAUAAACAAUAGGUGGAACAGAAGUGCCCUAGCUAGACUUAGAACAAGAACCUUAGGUCUUAUGCGAAUAAAAGAUGGUUUGAAGCCCCUUUGGAAUUAUAUCUAGGUUGGCCAGCUUGUGGAAAAA